CGCACCGUUAGAAAACGCGGGAUUAAUAGAGCAACAUGGUCCUGACUGCAGAGCAAAGAAGAUUGCAAAACAUCGCAGAUAAUAAGCGGAUCCUUGCUGAAAUCGGUUUGAUAAGCACAUUCAAAAGCUUUCCCAAAGUUCAGCUGAAGAAGAGUGGUUUAAAGCGGAAAGCAGAAGAUGAGAUCCCCCGUAAAGUGAAGAAGCAGGUGCUCGCAGAGGACCUGGAUCAGAGUAAUCUCGGGUCAAUUAGGACAUCACGACGUCGGUCUGCAAGAAUACGCGGAAAGCCUGCCUCUGAGUGCACAGAUUCUCUGCCAGACGAUGAUUUUGAAGAUGAAGACGAAGAAGACACAGAGAACAGGGUUCAAAGGGUGGCACCGAACAGACCGAACUUCUACGGGGCUGUGGAAGGUGUUGAAGUUGGUGCUAGUUGGUACACCCGCAUGGAAUGCUGCCGAGAUGGAAUACACCGACCCACAGUAGCUGGCAUCCACGCUGGACCUGAUGGUGCCUACUCCAUUGCCUUGUCUGGAGGCUAUGACGACAACAUUGACCUGGGGGAGUGUUUCACCUACACUGGAGAAGGUGGCAGGGACUUAAAGGGGACCAAAACUAAUCCAAAGAACUUGCGCACGGCACCCCAGUCCAAGGACCAGACUCUGACUCGUGGAAACCUGGCUCUGAGUCGAAGUGUUGAGACCCGUAGCCCAGUGCGCGUGAUACGUGGAUACAAACUCACCAGCCCGUUUGCACCAGAUGAGGGAUACAGAUAUGAUGGUCUGUACACGGUUGAGAAAGCCUGGUUCACGCCCGGCCUGUCAGGAUACAUGGUGUGGAAGUUUGCCCUGAAGAGAUGCCCGGAUCAAGCAGCCCCAUCUUGGACCAUUUCACAGGAAAUUGAUGGCCUUCAAAGUCCACUUAAGGAAAACAUUGGAGAUACAAAGAAAGAAACGGGCACUGAGAGUGAAGUAGCUGAUGCCAAAGUCAAAUCAGAUGAAGCUGGAAAAGACGCUCUUGACAAAAAUGGGAAACAAAAAGUGGAGGAAGAAUGCAAUACAGAUGAUUCGGUAGAACAUGAUGAAGAAGAUGAUGUUAAGGAAACCUCUGAAACUGCUAAGACUGACGAUGAGCUGACUGCUGAAAAUCCUGAUGAACACAACGAGAGCCCUGAUGACGAAAAGGAUAACUUGAGUGAAGACGUGGAUGAAACUGACAAAACAUUCGAUGAAACUGGCAACAAAGAUGAUGAAAAGGACUGCACAAAUUAAUUAUCUGACAAAUUAAUAAAAAUGCAACACAAAUUAAGCAAUUAAGGGGCAAAAUGUAAUAAUAAAAGGCAGCAUAAAUGAAACCAGAACUUUAAAUUAAAACAGAUAUAACAUAAGUGUUACAAAUGUGAUAAAGUUUUAUGUAUCACAAGAUAAGACUUGUUUAAGUCAACGUAAGAAAACAGUCGUCCAGAAAUCUCAAAAAAGGACUUUCCAUAUUUGGUUUGAAACUUUGAUACCUUAAAGAAUGUGUUGAGUAUUCACUGGAGUACAAACAUAAAAGUAUACUGCGAAAUUUUGCCAUUGCUGAAUGGAUUUCGAGAAAAUGAAAUACUACUAGCCAUCUAGAGGGCAUGUUUGACAUAUAAUUGGAAUUGUGUUUUUAUGUCCCCCACCACUAUAGUGGGGGACAUAUUGUUUUUGCCCUGUCUGUUGGUUUGUUGCUUUGUUUGUUUGUUUGUACGUUUGUUUGUUUGCACCAACUUCAACAUUUGCAAUAAUUUUUUCAAUAUUGAAGAUAGCAACUUGAUAUUUGGCAUGCGUAUGUAUCUCAUGGAGCUGCACAUUUUGAGUGGUGAAAGGUCAAGGUCAUCCUUCAAGGUCAAAGGUCAAAUAUAUAGCUUCAAAGCGGCGCAAAAGGGGACAUAGUGUUUCUAACAAACACAUAUCUUGUUUUUCAGAUGUUUCUAUAAGUCAGCAGAUGAAAUUAUCAGAAAAGUAUUGUAAAUAGUUUUAAAAGCAUGUACUACAAUGGCAUUUAAUGUACCUUUACGCCAACAAAUUAGAGAAGAGUGAUAUGCAGUGUGUUAGCUAUUGUAUGUACGUACUUUGUUUUAUAACAUAUAUGUUAGAAAAAUUACUAUUGUAUAUGAUUGCUUGUUUUUAAUAUAAGUAGGGUUGUCAAUUGCUUCGUUUUUACAAAACAUAAUUAAUAAAGAACUGUUUAAAACAU